GUUUUUAGGUCGGUUCUGGUUCGGAUUUUCGGGUCAGGUUAAAAUGCUUACGCCUAGAAUGAUUACAAUUUUAGCCCGCGGUAAAUUUGCUGGUGGGGCCCACGGGAACCAUCAUCGUCCUCUCUCAUUCUAUUUUCCUCUGUACGGUGGUGAGUGAAGACCAUCGUCAUCGUCAGAUUGCGAAAAUAGGAACCUCUGAAUCUCUUCUCCUCCGUCGAAGUUUGAAUCCUCUCUCUCCUUCUCACCGGUUGAGCUUCCUCCCCCAGCUUCAGUUCUCUCGCAAAUUUACGAAUGAGAUCGUUGUAGAUCGGUGAUUGAAGCGAGAGAGAUAAAUAAAAAUUAGGAGAGCGAAGAUGAGCGAGGGGCAGAAGUUCCAGCUAGGAACAAUCGGCGCUUUGAGUUUGUCCGUUGUGUCGUCUGUGUCGAUCGUGAUCUGUAACAAGGCCCUCAUUAGCACCCUUGGCUUCACCUUCGCGACUACUUUGACAAGUUGGCAUCUAUUGGUCACGUUUUGUUCCCUUCAUGUGGCACUAUGGAUGAAGAUGUUUGAACACAAGCCUUUCGAUCCACGAGCUGUGAUGGGAUUUGGCAUAUUGAAUGGGAUAUCCAUUGGACUAUUGAACCUCAGCCUGGGCUUUAACUCCGUUGGUUUUUACCAGAUGACAAAGCUAGCAAUCAUCCCCUGUACUGUUCUCUUGGAGACUCUCUUCUUCAGGAAAAAGUUCAGCCGAAAAAUUCAGUUUUCAUUAACCAUCCUUCUUCUUGGUGUUGGAAUUGCAACCGUCACAGAUCUUCAGCUUAAUAUGCUGGGUUCUGUCUUGUCGCUGCUGGCUGUUAUCACAACCUGUGUCGCUCAAAUUAUGACAAAUACCAUCCAGAAGAAGUUCAAAGUUUCAUCCACGCAGCUUCUUUAUCAGUCUUGCCCUUAUCAAGCAAUCACACUUUUCGUCACUGGACCAUUUUUAGAUGGGCUCCUAACCAACCAGAACGUGUUUGCUUUCAAGUACACUUCUCAAGUUGUGUUUUUCAUCGUCCUGUCCUGCAUGAUAUCAGUCUCUGUAAACUUCAGCACUUUUCUGGUCAUUGGGAAAACGUCUCCGGUCACAUAUCAGGUUCUGGGACAUCUGAAAACAUGCCUGGUUCUAGCAUUUGGAUACGUGUUGCUGAAGGACCCAUUCAACUGGCGCAACAUUCUUGGUAUUAUGGUGGCUGUGAUAGGAAUGGUUGUUUAUUCCUAUUUCUGCUCGGUUGAGACUCAGCAGAAGGCAAGUGAAACAUCAACCCAAUUGCCUCAGAUGAAAGAGGGCGAGAAGGAUCCGUUAAUAGCAGCUGAAAAUGGAAGCGGAGUGUUAUCAGAUGGUGGUGCGGGUGUGCAAAAGACGACAGCUCCUGUAUGGAACUCAAAUAAAGAUUUUCAAGCCUAAAAAACUGAACACUGCUAUUUUUUUUCCUUAUAUAUAUAUAUAUCAAACUCUAUUUUGUUAUCAGAUUUGUCAGAAGAAAGGAAAAACUUUUUUUUUAAUUCCUCUUGUUGUUUGUU